UCUAUCUAUCCUUCUCGAUACAGGACAUCUGUACUUGAUUUCAACCUAACUCAUCUUAUCACUUUCGCCCAAUCCAUAUAGCUCCGGACAAGACACCCUCGACAUUACCAUGAUGCCGCGUUGAGACCAGGCUCGACAAUUCAAGGCGGCUCACUCACGAAACCCUUCGACGACUUUUUUCCUUCUUCUUUGAACCUUCGAUUUCUUUCCUCUUAAACCUUUUACGGUGACGAUGGACUCGCCAUUAUCACCUCAACGAAGUCUCCCGGACUCUCCAUCUUCGAGACCGGGACAGAUAAGCAAGGCGGCGUUCUUCCGAGCAAAGUCUCCGGCAAAUGAAGCUGCCCACGAUAGGCGAGUAGAUGCCCUAAAGACCUCGGGGUGGGCCUUUCCGCCCGAGUCACAAAGCUCCCCGGAACCCAGCGAUGAGUCUCAUUCGGAUCGCCGGCCUUCUGCUCAUUCGAUAUCACCCUCUCAUGGGGCUACGCUCGGUCACUCGCCUCAGAUGCCUCAGAUGCCGAGCGAUGGUCGGCCUGGGCCAGUAACGCUUGACCGUGCGGCCUCUCAACGUUCUUUUUAUGAAACUCCACAGCCUGGUAGGACCGAUCCUGCAGGUAUACAAGGGCUUCCCUCGCCGAAUGGAGCUGUAGGAGGACCCUCUCGUGUAGGCAGUCGAACAGGGCAGAGCGGUCAUCGACGAACAACGUCGAGAGCCGCUCAGUUACCUCAACCGCCUUCUGCAACGUCUGAUGCGGGCUUCCAUCGAGAUCCCAACGAGCUGCUGAUGACCCUGCUAGCAGGGCAAGCGGCGAUGGACUGUCAGGGCAUGCCAGUUUACCGAUGGGAAGAGGUCGAGGAGUGGAAGAAGGAGCUGAACAUGUUGAGCUCCCGGCUAGCGAGCCAAGUCGCCAAGCAUCAGAGAGAGCAAAAGAUCUUGACGGCGGCUAAGACGCUGGCGAAGUUGAACGUCGGAAACAAGAGAAUGUCAAAGCAGACGGUAGAGAGUGUCGAAGUGGCAGAGCAGAAAGCCGCUGACGCUGAAAAGGAAAUGAUGGUUUUGCGGGAUCGAGAGUCAGGCCUUCGCCGCAGACUGAUGGAGCAUUGGGCGGGUGUGAUGGCAUGGGAAGUUCGACGUCUGGAAUUUGUCGUGAAAUCAGCAGAGGGUCGGGCAAUGCAAGCGGCUCAGGAGGUGGAAGAGCUGGCAGGGCUCAGGGAUGUUGCCAGACAGGCGGAGAUCCUAGAGAGCAAGCUGGACAACGCGCAACAGCAGCUUGAAAAUGGGAGCAAGAGGAUUCGGGAACACGAGGAAGAAGCCCGUAUGCUCAAAAUUGAGCUCAAUGCCCGUGAUGCGAAAAUCUCGGAUCUUGAGGGGGCAUUGGCGGACCUAGAAGAAGAGGUCAAGAUGAAGCGAAAAGAGGGUGCUGUGCUCGAAGCCGAGAUCGGCCAACAGCGGAGAAGAGGGGAAGAGCUGGAAAAGAUGCUCAACGGGAUGGAUACGGAAGCUGGCAGCCGAGUGAAAGAACUGGAGAGCGAACUUGUCCACGCGAAAGAAGAACGGGAUCGCUGGGCGGAGGAGAAGGUGAAAUUAAAGGAGUCUGCCGAGGACGGGAAGAUGAAGGCGAACAUGUGGGAGACCGCCAAGAUUAGUGCGGCACAAGCUUUGGGUGUCGCACAGGUCGAGAACGUCAUAGAUAUCUCCGACGGUAUCAAGAAAUUGAUGAACACCGUCAAAGACCGUGAUGAGGAACUCAAAGUCCUGAAGGAGGAAAUGCGGGAAAUCAGCCUAGGGUUCGAGGAUGAGAUGGCUAGACUGGCUAAAGAACGGGAUGGUUUCAGAGCCAAGGUCGACGAGAUGGGUGGGCGUUCUUUGGAUGAGGAGACUGUGCGCGUCAAACAGACCGAACAGCUGGAGACCAAGAUAAGAUCCCAGACGGAUAGGCUGAUGAUUCUGGAGAACGAAAACUCGAGCCUUAGAAAGGCUUUGAACGAGACCGAGACCGCUUUACAACGGCAAAAGACAGCCACCCCUGUGAUUACCGCUUCGAACGAUAAUGCGGCAAAGAUCGAAACCUUGAGAAGGGAAUUAGACUCUCAAGACGCCUUGAUGGAACAAAUCUGGGCGCUGCUCCCAGUUACUCACACUCGCUUGCAAACCGGGCUAAUUGACAGGAAUACGAACAAGCUUAAAGAUCAGGUUGUUUCGCCGUCGGUCGAUAUCGACUAUGAGGCGUUGAGGUUGCUCUAUAGCUCCUCCCCGCACCCGAACGAGGAGCGCUAUUCGGGUCCUCAAGAUAUCGUUGGCAAAAUCAAGUUGAUGAUGGAAGAUGGUCAAAUCCUGGUUGAGAGAGUGGUCCGAUCUGGAAAAGAGCGCGAAUUGCUGAAGAGCAACGCGCUUAGGGCGCAACGGCUUGUGGAAGAGGGUCAAGCCAACUUGAAGACGUAUCAAAGGCAAGUGGACAUGCUAGAAUCGCGCCUGAAGCAAGCUGCUGGCGUUGAAGGUAGCUCCGAGCUUUUAGCACAGCUGUCUGAAGCGCGAGAAGCGGUCCUCGAGACCAGACGCGCUAACCAACAGCUCGAAAAGCAGCUCGCGGCUCACCAAGAGCACGUAGAACGCUUGGGAGAAGCCAACGAUAUCCUGUCUCAACGGGCGUUGACGCUGGCCGACGAGAUGGAACAAGAGAAGCGCGUAGCGCAUGCCAGGUUAGAGAGGGAGAUAGAGAGUCUCCGAAAACAGCUCAAAGCUUCGGAUGAGCGGGUAGACGAUGAAAGAGCACGUGAGCAAACUCAGCGAAUACAGCUACUUGACGAGUUAAACUCGCUGCAGAGCGAGGUGACCCGGUUAAGGGCACAAUUGCGCAGCGCUCAAUGAGGGAGCAAGUGAUGUGCUAAAAAUAGCUUUCGAUAGAUUGGUUGUAAUCUUCCUGGAUGUGGUAAGCUAAUGAAGAUGAAAUAUAAUGAUGAAG